AGGGAGAGGGAUAGUUAGAAACAUCGAUGAGAGAGAAACAUUGAUCAGCUGCCUCCUGUACACUCCCUACUGGGGAUGUGCCCGCAACCAAGGUACAUGCCCUUGACUGGAAUCGAACCUGGGACCCUUGAGUCCGCAGGCCGACGCUCUAUCCACUGGGCCAAACCGGUUAGGGCCCUCCAUUAUUUAUACCCUCCUUCUUUCCUUUGAGUCCUGGGGCUGACUAGAGAUGGAGGGGGUCAGGGGCUAGUCUCUAGGGAACUCACAGGGUCCCGAGUUUGUGAGUGUUAAGACACAUCCUGGUUGGGUAGAGCAGGAUAGGAUUAAGAGUUCUUGGAGUUGGUGUGAGGGGGGAACUGGAGGCCCUCUAUUCCCAGGAAGGUCUGUGUGGAGAGAGGAAGAGAAGCAGUGUUUGUGUAGGAAGGGGUUGUGGGGACUGUGUAGAGGAGGCCAGAUGUGGAAACAGCAGGCUCUGACCCCAAUGCUGGGUUCUCUCUUCUGCAGGUGAAUGAAGCUGGAAGCUGACUGCAGUGUAGCCACCUCAGAGGUCCCUAAGCCUGAAAAUGAGGCUGAGCCAGAUGCGAAGCUAGUCUCAGAACACCUGCCACAGGAGGCCAGGACGAAGUCCAAGUCUGGGUUAGGGAUGGAGGCUGAGAAGGAGCCUCUGGCGGCCAAGCCCAGGCCAGGAUCUGGGCUCGAGACUGAGACUGAGCAGUUGGACCUCGUGGUGGCCACAGAACCGGAGUUUGAGGAGGUGCUGGCCAUCUCAGGAGUCUACGGUGACCUUGACUAUCUUCCCAGCUGCUACCACAUCUGGCUCCAGGAUCCCAACCUCAUGGUGGUGCUGGCCAAGCACACCAGAGAAUCGGUGCACCUGAUCGAUGCGAAGAAGACAGCGCUGGCGGAGGGGCUGCGCCUGGCGCGCUGGGAGCGCGGUAAGGUGGCCUGCCUGCUGCAGCGCUUCUGCUCACAGCUGGUCAGGCGGCAGCACUCAGGGGUCAAGGUGGCACAGCCUUCCAGGGACGACCAGCGGGGCUCCCGGGAGCUGAGGAAAGACCGCCUGAACACCAAGCAGGGCAUCACUUUGCGCCAAUUCAGCACAUCUGUGCUUCUGGCAGGAGCGCUGGGGGCCUCUGGCACUUUUUCACUGCUGCCCACCCAGGCCCUGUCAAAAGCAGGUGGCGAUGUGGCAAGCCUUGCCAGCGUCAACGUCCUGUGCCAGCUCUUCCUGGCGCCCCAGUUGUGGUCGCAGCUGGCUUAUUUCUGCCAGGUUGGCUUGGGGCUUGAGCUGGUCAAAGGUUACACGGACCAGUACUUGCUUGGAGGCCACAUUUGAAGUCCCUACCGUUUGAGAAGAUGCCGCCCCCUUUCCCAGAUCCCCAGAAAGCCCUGACCUCAUUUGCAAGCUCCAUCCCCUCCCCUGCCCCCUAUCCUUUCCCACUGCUGGUCCCUCUUUCCUUCCCCCCUUACCUCUCCAUUGCCCACUGCCAGAUCAGAGCCACCCAGUUUGGUGGAGCCCCUUGCGCUGCCAUUGUCCACCCUUUCCCCUUCCUGGGCAAAGAACCUGUUCCGCCAUAGGCUUCGGAGAUUUUUCCUGUCCUUCCUGGCUUCUCCCUUCCGACAGUACCUCUCCAGGAGCGCAGCUGCCUCAAGCCCUCAGAGCUUGCCCGUUCUCCCCUCACUGCCCUGUGCCUUUAGAUCAGUGUCCUCUCCCUUUUCUCUGUACCCCCACCGUCCUCCUCCCUGGACCUCCCAGACACUUCGCUCCUUUCCCCCAUUAUGUCUUCAUCACCCACCCUGUGUGCAAUAUGGAAAGAGACCCAGUAAAUGAAGUAGAUUUGUAAUGCUCCCCCUAUGUUGGACCCCUGUUUGCCCUCUGGUGAUGCACCUUUUGGAGCUUGCACCUCUGACUGGAGUUUCCUCCAAUUUUGCACUCUGUUGAUAUUUCACAGGCCCCCUCCUAAUGCCUGCAACCAGUGGCAGAACCAGGGGGUUCAGGCUGGAGAACUUGGUGUAGGGGAGGGCAGGUCCCUCCGCCAGUGUGAGGCCGUCUUCUGAUUCUAACUAGGCCGCCUCCUAGUGAGACUGGAACCCCCACCUCCAGGUAUUUCUGGACACUCCUCCCUUUCUCUCAUUCCUUUACGCUUUUUUGGACUUAGACAGUCCUUCUAUUUAAAUGCAAGCAGUAACAGCUGUGUUUGCACAGCGCUGUCUUCUACUGCAUCCUCACAUCUACUGUAGAGGGAGGAAACAGACCCAGAAAGAUCAAAGUGACUUCCCAGUCACUCGCAGUAGCUGGGAGCCGCCUCGCAGGGACUAGAAGCCAAGUGUCCCAGGCCCAAAGCCUCAUUCUUUGAUGGUGAUAGCUUGAAACUACUUGUUGGACAAUGAACAGCUGCUAAGGACACGUGGACAGUGAGCACAGGGUUCACUGGGCUGGGAUCCAAGACAUGGGCGCCAGGAGGUGGGCGGUGGGCAAAGAGGAGCACCGCGCUUCACACUGUCCCCGUUCUGGCUCUGCCAUGCCCUCCUCUGCCUCCUGUGCCCGACCUGCUGCUACUCUCCCUGUCGCUUCAACCAAGGCUAUGUUGCAAUAAAAACGAUUUG